AUUAAAGAACUGAUAUGUGGCACUAUUGAUAAAGAGUUUCAUCCGCUAGUCACGUGGAUGAAUGGGGUUUUCUUGUUAUUUAGUUGAUAAUUUAUCUACAGUGACCAUUUUUUCUUGUUAUUUUCUAACCAUUUAACAUUAUAUUAUUAUUUUUUAAGCACUUGGGUUUUAUUUUAUGAAAAUUUUCAUAGAACUACUUUAUCUUUUUCCGCCAUUUUGGGUGUUACUGGUCGGUACGCUCCGGUGGUAGGCGAGCCGGUCAUCGAAUUUGUUUUGUCAGAAUAUUUAAGUGAAGAUAUUCGGCAUGACGCAAAUAUUGCCAAUACGAUUUCAAGAGCACUUACAGCUUACCAAUGUUGGUAUUACUGCUGCUAAUAUUGGGUUCAACACCCUCACCAUGGAAUCUGACAAGUACAUUUGUGUACGUGAGAAGGUUGGAGAUUCUGCCCAAGUGGUGAUCAUUGACAUCAACAAUCCAACAAACCCCAUUCGGAGACCUAUAUCUGCAGACUCUGCUAUUAUGAACCCUGCUUCUAAGGUCAUUGCAUUAAAAGCCAUGAGGACACUUCAGAUUUUUAAUAUUGAAAUGAAAAGUAAAAUGAAAGCCCACACCAUGAAUGAUGAUGUUGUAUUUUGGAAAUGGAUCAGUUUAAACACUGUAGCCUUGGUAACAGACACAACAGUAUUCCACUGGAGUAUGGAAGGUGAUUCCCAGCCUGUAAAGAUGUUUGACAGACAUUCCAGUUUAAAUGGUUGUCAGAUAAUUAAUUACCGAACAGACCACAAACAGCAGUGGCUUCUACUUAUAGGAAUAUCAGCUCAGCAAAACCGAGUGAUAGGAGCAAUGCAGCUAUACUCUGUUGAAAGAAAAGUAAGCCAGCCUAUCGAAGGCCAUGCUGCAGCUUUUUCCCAAUUCAAACUGGAGGGAAACCCAGAACAAUCAACUCUCUUUUCAUUUGCAGUCAGGACUGCUCAGGGUGGAAAGCUUCAUAUAAUCGAAGUUGGUCAACCCCCAGCAGGAAAUCAGCCAUAUCCAAAGAAGGCAGUUGAUGUGUUUUUUCCACCGGAAGCUCAGAAUGAUUUCCCUGUAGCAAUGCAAGUCAGUCCUAAACACAGUGUGAUCUAUCUCAUCACUAAAUAUGGCUAUGUCCACCUCUAUGAUAUUGAAAGUGGUAUAUGCAUUUACAUGAACCGAAUCAGUGCAGACACAAUCUUUGUGACAGCCCCUCAUGAACCAUCAUCUGGAAUCAUUGGAGUUAACAGAAAAGGACAGGUCCUUUCUGUGAGUGUGGAGGAAGAAAGCAUUAUUCCAUACAUCACAAAUGUCUUACAAAAUCCUGACCUUGCAUUGCGUAUGGCUGUCAGGAACAACCUUGCUGGGGCUGAAGACUUGUUUGUGAAAAAGUUCAAUACAUUGUUUCAAAAUGGACAAUAUUCAGAAGCUGCAAAGGUUGCUGCUAAUGCUCCAAAGGGUAUUCUUCGUACUCCUCAAACAAUCCAACGUUUCCAGCAAGUCCCUACCCAGGCAGGACAAACAUCGCCUCUCCUCCAGUAUUUUGGAAUCUUGCUGGACCAGGGCCAGUUGAACAAGUUUGAAUCCUUGGAGCUGUGUCGACCAGUUUUACAACAAGGAAGGAAGCAACUCCUGGAGAAAUGGCUAAAAGAUGACAAACUGGAAUGCAGUGAAGAAUUGGGAGACUUAGUGAAACAAGUUGAUCCAACACUGGCCCUAUCUGUAUACUUGAGAGCAAAUGUCCCAAACAAGGUCAUUCAGUGUUUUGCAGAAACUGGUCAGUUUCAGAAGAUAGUUCUCUAUGCAAAGAAAGUUGGGUACACCCCAGAUUACACUUUCUUGUUGAGACAGGUCAUGCGGAUUAAUCCUGAUCAGGGUGCUUCUUUUGCACAAAUGUUGGUACAAGAUGAUGAACCAUUGGCUGAUAUCAAUCAGAUUGUGGAUGUAUUCAUGGAGUCCAACCUUGUGCAGCAGUGUACCUCCUUUCUUUUGGAUGCUUUGAAGAACAACAGACCUUCAGAAGGUCCUCUCCAAACAAGGUUGUUGGAAAUGAACUUGAUGACAGCUCCACAAGUUGCUGAUGCUAUUCUUGGAAAUCAAAUGUUCACUCAUUAUGACCGUGCUCACAUUGCCCAGUUGUGUGAAAAAGCUGGACUUUUACAAAGGGCAUUGGAGCACUAUACAGAUCUAUUUGACAUCAAAAGAACCAUUGUACAUACACAUCUGUUGAAUGCAGAGUGGCUGGCAAAUUACUUUGGUUCAUUGUCUGUGGAAGAUUCUGUUGAGUGUCUGAAGGCCAUGCUCAGUCAAAACAUCCGACAGAACUUGCAGAUCUGCGUACAAGUAGCUACCAAAUACCAUGAACAACUGACCACUGCUGCCCUCAUUGAUCUUUUUGAAUCUUUCAAGAGCUAUGAAGGUCUGUUUUACUUUCUUGGAUCCAUUGUAAACUUCAGUCAAGAUCCUGAGGUUCACUUCAAGUACAUCCAGGCUGCCUGUAAAACUGGACAGAUCAAGGAAGUUGAAAGGAUCUGUAGGGAAAGUAAUUGCUACAAUCCCGAGCGAGUAAAGAAUUUCCUCAAAGAAGCUAAGCUGACAGACCAACUGCCAUUGAUUAUUGUUUGUGACCGCUUCGACUUUGUUCACGACCUCGUGUUGUAUCUGUAUCGCAACAACCUCCAGAAGUACAUUGAGAUUUAUGUUGUCAAAGUUAACCCUUCUCGCCUUCCUGUAGUGGUUGGAGGGCUGUUAGACGUGGACUGUUCAGAAGAUGUCAUUAAGUCACUUAUUAUGAAUGUCAAAGGUCAGUUUUCUACAGAUGAAUUGGUGGAAGAAGUUGAGAAACGGAACCGACUCAAGCUACUGCUGUCCUGGCUGGAAAUGAGAAUACAUGAGGGACUUGUUGAACCUGCAACCCAUAAUGCAUUGGCUAAAAUCUACAUUGAUUCAAACAACAAUCCUGAAAGAUUCCUUAAAGAAAACCAGUAUUAUGACAGUCGAGUAGUUGGUAAAUACUGUGAAAAACGUGAUCCUCAUCUGGCUUGUAUAGCAUAUGAACGAGGAGAGUGCGACCGUGAGUUGAUCAAUGUAUGUAAUCAGAAUUCCUUGUUCAAGAGUGAAGCUCGUUACCUAGUACAUCGCAAGGAUCAGGAGUUAUGGGCUGAAGUCCUGUUAGAGAGCAACCCUUUUCGACGGCAGCUUAUUGAUCAAGUAGUGCAGACUGCUCUGUCAGAGACUCAAGAUCCAGAGGAUAUAUCUGUCACUGUAAAAGCCUUCAUGUCUGCAGAUUUGCCAAAUGAGCUCAUAGAACUGUUGGAAAAGAUUGUUUUGGAAAACUCAGCAUUCAGUGAUCACAGAAACCUACAGAACCUUCUGAUACUCACAGCAAUUAAAGCUGAUCGAACUCGUGUUAUGGAAUACAUUAAUCGUCUGGACAACUAUGAUGCACCUGACAUAGCAAACAUUGCUAUUGGAAGUGAACUAUAUGAAGAAGCUUUUGCUAUAUUCAGAAAAUUUGAUGUGAACACCUCUGCUAUCCAGGUGCUUAUUGAACACAUCAAAAACCUUGACAGAGCCUAUGAAUUUGCUGAGCGAUGCAAUGAACCAGCUGUGUGGAGUCAACUGGCUAAGGCUCAAUUAGAACAAGGGCUUGUGAAGGAAGCCAUUGAUUCUUUCAUCAAAGCUGGGGAUCCUUCCUCCUACAUGGAUGUUGUUCAGACAGCUCAUAAAACAGAUAAUUGGGAGGAUUUGGUACGAUUCCUGCAGAUGGCAAGAAAGAAAGCCCGUGAGUCCUAUGUAGAAUCGGAGCUAAUCUAUGCCUAUGCCAAGACUAACCGUCUCUCAGACUUGGAAGAAUUUAUUUCAAGCCCAAACCAUGCUGAUAUCCAGAAAAUUGGAGAUCGAUGCUUUGAUGAUGGUCUUUAUGAACCUGCCAAACUUCUGUACAACAAUGUAUCCAACUUUGCUAGGCUAGCCAUCACCCUAGUUCAUUUAAAAGAAUUCCAAGGAGCUGUGGACAGUGCUCGCAAAGCUAACUCCACACGCACGUGGAAGGAAGUAUGUUUUGCCUGUGUGAACAGUGAAGAGUUUCGGCUAGCUCAGAUGUGUGGUCUUCACAUUGUGGUCCAUGCAGAUGAGCUGGAGGAUCUCAUUAACUACUAUCAAGACAGGGGCUACUUUGAAGAACUAAUCUGCCUCUUGGAAGCUGCUUUAGGCUUGGAGAGGGCUCAUAUGGGCAUGUUUACAGAGCUAGCCAUUCUCUACUCUAAAUACAAACCGACGAAGAUGAGAGAGCACUUAGAGCUUUUCUGGUCACGAGUCAACAUUCCAAAGGUGCUGCGGGCAGCUGAACAAGCUCACUUGUGGGCUGAGUUGGUGUUUUUGUAUGACAAAUAUGAAGAGUUUGACAAUGCAGUAGUUACUAUGAUAAACCAUCCAAGUGAAGCAUGGCGGGAAGGUCACUUUAAAGAAAUGAUAACAAAAGUAGCAAACAUUGAGCUGUACUACAAAGCCAUUCAGUUCUACCUGGAUUACAAACCAAUGUUGCUGAAUGAUGUGUUACUUGUCUUGUCAGCUCGAAUGGACCACACACGUGCUGUCAAUUUCUUCACUAAGGUGAAUCACUUGCCAUUGGUAAAGCCAUACUUGCGUUCGGUUCAGAACCUUAAUAACAAGGCUAUAAAUGAAGCCCUGAAUGGCCUCUUAAUUGAAGAAGAAGAUUUCCAGGGCCUCAGAACAUCCAUUGAUGCUUUCGAUAACUUUGACAACAUUGCACUUGCUCAGCAUCUGGAGAAGCAUGAACUUAUUGAGUUCCGACGCAUCGCAGCUUACUUGUACAAAGGCAAUAAUCGCUGGAAGCAGUCAGUAGAACUUUGCAAAAGAGACAGACUCUUUAAGGAUGCAAUGGAAUAUGCUGCAGAAUCUAAGAUGGCUGACAUAGCUGAAGAACUUCUGGCCUGGUUCCUGGAAGAGAAGAAUUAUGAAUGUUUUAGUGCCUGUCUGUUCCAUUGCUACUAUCUUCUACAUCCUGAUGUAAUUCUUGAACUGUGCUGGCGUCAUGGAAUCAUGGAUUUUGCCAUGCCUUACAUGAUCCAAGUCAUGAGGGAGUACACCACCAAGGUGGACAAAUUAGAUGAACGUGAAAGUGAAAGAUUAGAAGAGUCGGCCCAGAAUGAUCAAAAACCAAUAAUUUAUGCUUCUGAACCCCAGCUAAUGUUGACUGCUGGCCCAGGUAUGAUCGGACCAGGAUACCAGCCUUUUAACCAGUCUGUACCUGGUUACCAGGGUUAUGGGAUGUAGAUCAAUACCACCCAUUUCCUCUGAACUUCAGAAAGAACAACUUGCUGGCACAAGGCUAAAAGUUUGAGUGAACAUUGCUUCAGGGAGUAGUUAAGGCCUUCCUCAAUUUUUUUCUGUCUGUUGAAGAUUUAAAAACCUUUAAUUGUGGGUAUUAUUGCUUACACUAAUUUGUUCUUCCACAAAUAAAGCUUCUUUUAUGAUUUCCCAAUUUAAUCAACUGUAUUUGUUUUAGUAUGAAAUUUUGAAAUGUUUUGUGUCCAACAUCAGGGGGCACUGUUAACUAAAGCAAUGAGCAGGACCAUAAGAUUAGGUGACUGCUUUGUUUUGUUAUUUUUGCAAGCAGUAGCACAAGUGUAAGAUCUGAAGAUUUUUUUUUUUCAUCAAUUAACCAUCAAAAUUCUUGAGAUGUGUAAAUUUUAGAGCCUUGGUCAUUUUGUAAUGUUAGAAAUGUUUGUAUUGAACAUAUGGUAAACUGUGAAAGCACUGUGGAACAAAAUUCUUUAUUCUAAGUAUUUAUCUGAAUCCCGUGAUUGUUAUUACUGUUAUUAAACCAAAAGGUUUGUAAUUUUAAUAGUUUGAGCCUUUCUUACUGUUGUGAAUCUUGAUUUCAGUUUGUAAUGAAAUAUAGUUUAUGUUUUAAAACUCCUUAUAGUCCAAAAAUAUCAAACAUUAUUUAAUUAUCUUACAGUAAAACAAUGUUUUGAAGUAUUCUGUUAUAACGUGUGGAAAUGAGAAGUGGAGGAUGUAUACAAUUUAAGUCCUAUUUAAAGCUUUUGAAUUUUAUCUAUUGAUGUACAUCAAAGCAGUAGGUUCAUAUAGAAUAAAGAAAAUGUUUGUUAGUAGAAGGUUUAACCAUGUAGUUUAAGGUGUUCAAGAUUUUAAAGUAUGGUCAACACAUUUAGAUUAUUCAACUCUGUAAUAGCAAAGGAUUUGUGGAAAAGUAAAUGUAUUUCUGGAUGUGGAUUAGAAUAAUGACCUCUGUAAUGGAAGAUCAAGACCAUAAGGGAAACUAUUUCCUCAUAUUUUCCAUAAACAAAUUAUUAUUCAUUCUUUUCAAUCACCACCAUUAAGUACGUGCUAAUCUCUUUUUGUUAACUGUGUUUUCCUACCUAGAUACAUUUGAAAAUAUCAUUGUUUAAUCAGCCCUAACAAUGUGUUAGGUGUAUGUUAAUGCAUUUAUCCUAGUCUCACCAGAGUGAGAUCAUGAAAUUAAUAAAUCUGUAAUUAGUCA